AUUCCUAUAAAACCUAGUUUCCAACCGACACAAAUAAUAGGACACAGUACAAUAUUUCAUUGAACGUUACUUAUCGAUACAAUACAAGAAACGAAGAUGCCGAAUUAUUUCGAAUGUUGUAAAACCAAAGAGCUAUCCAACUAUGUGUGCAUAACAUGUAAACAAAUUUUUCAUCGCAGUUGCUGCAACAAACGAAAUGACGUAAUUGUCAUUGCCAAGCAUAUGAUAUACUGUAGUACGACAUGUCAAGGAAAAGGUGAAGAAGAAAUGGAGAAGGAUAACACUACCAAAGAAAUAAUAAGAGAAUUACAACAAAAGAUUAUAGAGAAGGAUAAAUAUAUUGCCUCUAUGAAAAAACGCUCAUUGGCUUUUGAGGAUGAUGUGAUUGAAAUUGAAAAAAAUUACAACGACGAGAUCCAGACUUACAAGCGUCAAAUACAAAAUAUAGAGCAACAACUAGCAUAUUUAUCCUCAAAAAACAGUACACUUCAGGAACUGACAACCUCACUUCUGAUGGAAGAACCUCCAGUUGCGAAUGAUAUUAGGGCCACAAGUUUCCAAAUGAAGACAAACGAUAUGUGUAAAAGCCAGCCGAUAGAACAUGAAUUCGACGUACAUCAAACAGCGUCGACUUUUGCCCACUGUACAUCGUUUCCCCCAUACCCCAGUUAG